AUUAGUUGAGGGUUGGGGCUGGGCUAGGGUGAAGACGGAACCGUACUUGGUGGGAGAGGGGCAGCUGCUUCUCUCGUGCAGGCCGUACUAAAAGUAAUGAUUGCCUUUGUUCUUCUUUCUCUACUCGAUAUUUGCUGCGGGAGUGGUUGUCAACCGCGGCCUUAUAGCCAAGAGGUUGCCACACCACUCCAUUUACACUCACUAAUCAAAUUCCUCCGCAAGGCCUCCGUAAUCCCUGAUCUUGACGCACUCUACGUAUCAUCGCACCCAGUCAGAACUGUGAAUGCACUGAAACACCAUGAUAAGUCCAGAACUAGCAGCUGGAAUACUCGCAUCUGCUGUCCGCUGCCUCCCGUCGUGCAUAGCGAGCAAAAAAUGAGAGGGUUAGGGUAGCAUUCGCGCGGGAGGAGUGGUCCUCGGGGGCCGAGAGGCGUGAGACCACCCGACACCGAGUAAAACGCUGGAGCUAGGAUUAAUAUGCUGAUCCACGGCAGCCGGUCUGGUCACCGAGAGUCAGUCUC